AUGGUAGUAUUAAGUCAACGACUAUAUGAUAUUAUAACUGACAGUAAAUUGAAAUGGAAAACAAUUCAAUUCAUUGCUCCUAAUGAAGUUCCAAAUCCGUUCAUAACCUAUGAGGAAAAUGAUACUAUUGAAAUAGGUGUGACCAAAAAGAAUUAUUUAAAGCUAUUUAAAGAAGCACAUCAUUAUUGGCAUCAUAAGAUAAUUGAUGUAUCUAAUGACUAUCUAAAUGUGAUUCAAACCGGCUCAGAUGAAGAGAUUUGGAAUCUCUAUCUUUGUACAAUUGGGUAUAUGAUAACUACAAACGAAAAUCAUACAAUUAUAAGGUUACAUGAAUUAUUAGUGUUUGAAAUAUAUGAUGAUCAAGGGGAAGAAUUUAUCGACAAGGAAUUGGAUCUCAUCACUGCAUUCUUGACUAGUAGAUUAAGAAGAAUUAAUAAGAGUUCGUCACUUUGGUUUUGGAUUAAGAAAUUAACUGUCCUUACAUUAUUCAAUCCUUUAUUAAAUCAUCAAAAAGAUGUCAAAUCUAUAGGAAGCAUGUUAAUUGAUCGGGCAUUUCGAAGUUCUCAACUACAUUUUGCAAACUAUUAUGCCUCAAACUACCUCAGAUGGUUCAUUAGUGUUCUCGGCUAUAUUCAAUAUAGUGAACAGAGUUCAUUGGUCAAAGAAACUGCACAACAACUUUUGCAACAUCUACAAAAGGGCUUACAGGAUUUGUGUAGAAGCAAUUUGAGAGAUGUUGCUCUAUGGAACCUUUUCGAAUACUAUUUAAUAACCAAAUAUAAUCCCCAUCACAAUGUCACCUUCUCGCUAAAUGAAUAUAAUAGAAUUGCAGAUCAACUUAGUGAUUAUGUGGAACCGUUAGAUAUUAUGGAAACAGAUAACAUUUCAGUUGAUAAAGAAAGCAAUACAAAGUAUAUAAUUGACGAGAUAAGUUGGCUUUUGAAAGUCAAAUGCUUAAUUGAAACUCCGUAUACGACAUUGUUAAGACCACUUAUUCAGCUUGAACUUCAUGAUGAAUUAAGACUCGUACGAGAUAUGAUAGGUACUAAGUGUGUUGAAGAACAGGAACUACUUAAUGAUUUUGACGAUAAAGACACCGAGUUGUUUAAACAGAAAUCAGAAUUUGUUCAUACGCUAUCAUCUGUCUUAAUUAAGUAG